UCUCCUCUUUCCUUUCCUCCCUUCUCUCGUUGCAGAAUAAGGAAGAAGGCCUCCGUCGAUCUUAAAUCCUCUCAUUCCUUCUCCUGUUCUUUCGUGUUGGACGAAGAAGGACGACCCCCCUCGGCCAUGUUCGUGAAGAAGCUUGUCGAGAAAGCCACCAGAAAGCACAAUGGAGGCGGCGGCAUCAACGGUCUGAAGGCGGAGGAGGUGAGGCCGCGCCUCGUCUUCCACUAUGGCGUCCCGCCCGAAUCCUCCUCUCUGGCCUACGACCCCAUUCAGCACAUCCUCGCCAUAUCCACCAGGAAUGGGGUCAUCAAGUUGCUCGGGAAAGACAACAGCCAAGCUCUUCUUCAGUCGGAGGCCGCCUCCCCCUCCAAGUUCAUGCAGUUCAUGGAGAAUCAAGGCAUCCUUUUAAAUGUGACUAGUCAUAAUCAUAUUGAGGUGUGGAACAUUGAUAAGAAACAAGUAACACAUGUGCACAUUUUCAAUGAAGAAAUUACCUCUUUUGUUGUGGUGCAACAAAGUUUCUACAUUUAUGUCGGGGACUGCCUUGGAAAUGUCACUGUUCUGAAGCUCGAUAAUACAUUACAGUGUUUGGUUAAGAUGCCAUAUAAAAUUCCUCCAUCAGAGUCCUGUGGCACACAAACUGAAGCAGACAGUGAUACUGCUGUCAUAUUUUCUUCUCCACAGCCUUUGGCUGAGAGCAAGAGGGUUCUUAUUAUCUUUAGAAAUGGACUUAUUAGCUUAUGGGGAAUUCAAGAAAGUAAAGUAUUGCUUGUUGCUGGUGGAAAUGCACAACAUUCAUCGCAGGAACCAAAGCUUGUUGUAUCAGCAUCCUGGGCAUGUGUCUUUGGAAGUAAAGUUGUUGUUGGAUAUAGUAGCGGAGAUAUAUUUCUUUGGGCCAUACCAGUAUUUUUAGAUCAUAAUAGUGAAGCACUACGGAAUCAUAAGGACUCUUAUGCUUCUCAAAAUGUUCCUCUUCUUAAGCUCAACCUAGGAUAUAAGAUGGACAAAGUCCCUAUAGUUUCUUUAAGGUGGUUUGCCCACGAUGAAAGUUCAGGUCAUUUGUAUGUUAAUGGUUUCAGUGAUUCUGGAUCUUCUCAUUCCUUUCAGGUCAUUAUUAUUAAUGAGAGCACUCAAACUAGAACAAUCAAGUUGGUGCUUCCAUUGACUGAACCUUGUUUAGGAAUGGAAAUUGUUUCAUGCUUCAGCAACCAAAGCAAAAACAAACAGAAUACUCUGGUUCUCUUGCUUAGAUCAGGCCGCUUAUGUCUCUAUGAUGAUUCAGCAAUUGAACAGUAUUUGUUGCACUGUCAAUCAAAAUCACCCCCAACUCUUCCAAAGCAGUUUAUGGUGACACUGCCAUUUGGUGACUCUAGAAUCACUGCUGCCAAACUGUACAUAGGCCCAUCAAGUCCUGUGGAAGAGUCUGUUGCUAUGCAGGACCAUAUAUUGUUACCCAACAAAUAUUCCUCUCUCUUCUCAAUUAAUAUGAAGGAAAAAGAUGGAAGUCGUCGAAGUUCUGCACACUUUAGCGGUUUUUCGAAGGCAAAAAACCUUUUGGUUACCGGGCAUGUUGAUGGAGCUAUCAACUUUUGGGAUGCAUCAUGCCCCCUUUUGUUUCCACUUUUGUCAAUAGAGCAGCAGUUUAAUGAAAGUUGUGCUUCAUCAACUGCUCCAGUUACAUCAUUGCAUUUUGAUGUUUCUUCACACAUCCUUGUAUCUGGCGACCAAAGUGGAUCGAUUCGCAUUUUCAUCUUCAAAAAAUUGCAGGAAACCUCAGAAAGCAUUUUUUCAUUUCUGCAAGCAAAGCAAGGUGACAACUACACAGUUCAUAAUGUCAACCUCAAGGGAGCAAUAAUGUCCAUCAGUAUGAAUAUGGAUUCUAAACUUCUUGCUGUGGGAACAGACAAAGGAUAUGUAUCAGUAAUCCAGAUGGAAGGGACCACCAUCUUAUAUCAAAAGCAAAUACCUGGCCAAGUUUAUAGUGGUAUCAUGUCUUUGCAAUUUGUGAAUCAUGGCCAAAAUGGCUCAGAGAACAGCAUAUUGUUGGUAGGGAUGGAGGAUUCAUCAGUUUUGGCUCUUGAAGAGGAUUCAGGGCAUGCAUUGAGUGCUAAUCCAGUCAAGACUAAGAAAACCUGUAAAGCUUUGUUGAUGCAUAUAUUGGAUGCAUCACCAAAUGGAGUAUGCACCUCAGACUGUGUGGAUACAAGCAAACAAAGUUAUUCAAAACAGUUAAUGCAGAAGCAACCACUAGUAUUGAUUUGCUCUGAAAAUGCCAUACGUCUGUAUGCUUUAAGUCAUGUAUUACAGGGGAUUAAGAAGGUUUACAGUAAGAAAAAGCUAGAUGGCAGCUGUUAUUAUGCAUCAAUUAUCCAUGGCUCUUCAUUGGAUGUCGGACUGGCACUUGUGUUUUCCUGUGGCAAGAUGGAGAUAAGAUCCCUUCUAGAUUUAGCUGUCUUAAAUGAGGUUUCCCUGAGAGGAUUAACCUAUCCAACAUUGAAAUCACCCCCAAAUGCAAAUAGUAUAUUCUGUGUUUCCUCUGAAGGAGAAAUUCUUCUGGUCAAUGGAGAUCAAGCAUUGCUCUUUAUUUCAGUUUUAUCUCACAGGGAAAUCUACAGGCAUUUAGAGUAUAUUACCAAUGUUUACAUGGAGGGUCUUGCCCCACAAGAAGGGACUUCUUGCAUGAAGAAUCCCCAAAAAGAGAGGAAAAAGGGAAUAUUUGGCAUGGUUGUCAAAGAUCUGAAAGGAAACAAAACAAAACAUGGCAAAGAAAAUGAUGCUGAUGAUUCAAGUAUUUCUGAAGAACUCUCAGCUUUAUUUUCAACAGUUAAUUUCUUACAUUCUGAUGAGACAAGGUGUAGCUCAGUUGUAAAUAAUGAAGAUGUUGAGCUGGACAUAGAUGAUAUUGACCUUGAAGAUACCAAAGAAAAACACAAAGGUUUGAACUUGGCUGUUUUGGACAAGCAGAAGUUAGGAAAGAAACUCCAUGCUCUCAAAGGAACUGUAGGAAAAUUGAAGUUGAAUAUAGAAGAAAAGAUGAACUCAAGAAAAGAUAAGCACGAGGAGGAGAAGGAUAUUAGUGCUGUUGAUAAGAUCAAGCAAAAGUAUGGAUAUGCAACAAAUGACGAGUCAAAUACUGUAAAGAUGGCAGAGAGCAAAUUGAGGGAGAAUGUCAUAAAGCUGAAGGCCAUUGGAUUGCGGACAUCGGAGAUGCAGAAUACAGCUCAGACAUUUUCAUCCUUGGCAAAAGAACUGCUACAAUCCACACAGGGCAGCAAGAGUACGUAGGAGAGACGGACGUCGCAUUAAGUUCCCACUUGUGUACGUGUGCAGUACAUGGUGUAGAACCUAUUGUUAUUGUUGUGUGUUUUGUGUGUAGGUUCUUCGCGUGUGUGAUUUCGUUUAGCGUGUAGGGGUCAUGGUUAUGAUUUGUGCUGACGCUACUCUCUCUUUUCUGAGGUAGCAUUUGUAUCUUGGAUCAUGAUAAAUAAACAAAAAGGAGUUUGAUCGGAAA